UCUGCCAGUAGCUCAUUCAAAAAAAUGAAGAACGGAGUUUGUGUUUUUGUCGAAACGUGAUCGUUAGUUAUGGAGGUUGAGUUGAAUGCAAGAUCAAAACGCCAUUGGGAAGAUUCCUUAGAUGGUGAGACUGUGGAAACUGCGCAAGUUAAAUUCAAACGGUUGUUAGGUAAGGACGUCUUUGACGCACCCGAUACUGAUCUGCAUGCAUCUACGCAUCCUUUCCAGAACUCAUCAGCUCGAUCGUCACGACUAUCCUUAAUAUUCAGUUGAUUACUUCUUCCAGGCAGUAAUAGAGGAACUCAUUUAACAAAAUUGUUUGAUUAUUAUGUCUAGAAAGGAAUCAGGGAUUCAAGCAUGCAAGUCUUAACUCGAUGGAUGAAAUAAAAAAUAUAAUUUUUAAGCUGGUUGAUGACAACCGAAGUUUUGAAGGAAUAAUAAGAGAGGUGGGUAGUGAUGACCCUGUUGGCCCACUGAACAAAGAGUUCCUUCUUUUUAGGGGCUGAUGGCUGAAAAAUUGUAGCGGGGGAUGACAGUCUUUGCCCUGGAGGUUGGAAUUGAGAAUGUGACCCCUAGUAAUUUGACAAGAUAGACGUUUGUUUCUCAUCUCGGCAGAAUUUUGAAAAAAGAACACUUUGAAGCUAAUUGCCUUCAAAUUAAGUAAAUUCUUGCAGCAGUAAAUUCUAAGCAAACUCUCACCUGCACUCAUCCACCAGGCUCCAGUUGUUCAAAAGCUGGAUAGUGGUAUCCACCGGAUAAGUUGACUAUCCAGUGGAUAAAUAGUAGGGAAACCAAUUGGGCUAUUCAGUGGAUAGAGAUUUAUCCAUCAGGCCCCGGUUGUUCAAACGUUGGUUAGCGCUAUCCACCGGAUAAAUCACUAUCCAGCGGAUAGCGUAAUUAAUUUCCGUAAUACUUAUCCGCUGGAUAGUUAUUUAUCCGCGGAUAGCGCUAACCAACGUUUGAACAACCGGGGCCAGAUAAUGCUAUCCAUCUUUUGUUAAACAAUUGGGGCUAGACUUUUACCAGUCUUCUGUGGAUAUUAAAGUUGACAUAAAAAGAAGUACAUCAGCGCUGUCAAAAAGUUUUUGAUUAGCUGGCUGAUAAUGGAUAGUAGGCGGCUUUGGAACACACACCAAAGGCAUAAGUUCUUGAUGGCUGAGGCAUCUAGGGACAUUUUGAAAUUUAGAGUCUCAGAAAUUCCAUUUCCAGGGGUUUUCAAGAGGUAUUUUCCACCGCGGAUGCCAUGUUGUUUUGUCAGAAUACAUGCAAGACUGGGAACAAUGCGGUCGAAAUGUCCCAGGCAUUCCACAACAUCGCACGGUUCAAGUGUUUCACAGAUCUAAACCUAUUUAAAUAUGCAUUCAAUAUCAUUCAAAACUCGGAAACGGAUGCUUUACAAAUUUUCUUCAAUGGUGCUUUUUUUUGUUAGUAGUUAUGGUACAAGGAGAUGAAAGUAGCCAGCUACGGAUGGCUAACUAGCUGGCGGGUUUGGCCAGCUACUGGCCCAUAUUGACAGCCCUGGUCCAUGUCUUCUUAAUACAAAAAAUUUAACAUGUGAGAAAGCAAUUUUUUUAAAGACAAUGGUCAGCAGUCUUAUGGAUAAAAUAUCAAGAGGUAUACUGAAAAAAUGAUGUAUAAUAUGCAGGGAAUAGCUUAAAAGUUAUCCAGAAUGAUUAAGAUUUUUUUUAUCUGCCUUUGGGUCUUAAUUUUUUUCAGAAUGAACAGGACGUGGGGUGAAGUGGCCUGUCUGACAUCCCAUUGUCACAUAAUAAUUUAUAUAUUAUAAAUUAAAUGUUGAGUAACUUAACCCAUUUGCUCCUGGACAUUUUGCCGAAAAACGCGUUUUGAAGCUAGUCGAGUGGUUUUCUGGUCACUGUCAUGCUAUAAAGAGCUAAAACUUACCACAAACCCGUUCACAGGUCGCACACGUCACAGCCUUCUGAUCCAGAUGAAAAAUAUCAGCUUGCGUAGUUCGGGCAUGCGCAAAAAGUAAAAUCUCGAGAUAGUUUUUGGGUAUAAAAGUGACACAGCAGUCUUGACUUUUACUUUUCACUUUCUCUCCUUCCCUCUUUUUUCGCUUUUCUUGCCUCAUUUUUUUUUCUCUUCCUGGGCAUUUAGUAGGCUUCAUUUCGGUGGGAAGAGUUUUUAGCAAAGCUUUUAGGAUCUUAGGAUUAGAUGAAAGGAAAGGUAGGUGGGCAAUGGAACAAGAUUUUCAUGGAGAUUUACAGGUCAAUCUUACAUGUUUUUUGCCAUUUUCUCCAGUGUCCUUGACUGAAUUGUGCUCAUUCUGGUAUGGUUUGAAAGAUCUCUUUACUCUGCACAAGUUAGCUGACAAAGUUGUCCUUGAUCGUUAAAACUGAUAACGCCACAAGGGGUAGAAAGGACGUGGAUCCGCUUGGGCGGUUACGGGCGGUUCAGGGGCAAAUGGGUUAAGUCGUAAAAAAUAUCUGUAUGUUGAUACUUGCUCUUUCAAUAUAUGUUAUCACCAACUGUACAUUUCAUCAAUAAUAUUUGUAGAGCGAAGAUAUCUCUAAUAUAGGAACAUGUGACUCCUGGCAUCGAGAACCAUCAAAGUUAGAAUCAUUUUCUGUGCUUACUGGUGAGUUUUUUUGAUUAGGGGCGGAGGGAAGGGGGGUGAGGUAAUACUGCCUGGAUGAGAAUUGUAGCUGAGAUAGCAGUUUCUGAGGGUUAUCUGACAUACCCAGACUGAAUUGGUUUUUCUAGAAGACAGCUGAAUUGCUCUUAUUAUGCUGAAAGGACAAAGGCAAAUAGUAGAAAAUGUCCCUGACUAAACUGUAAAGGAACCAAUUUGAUUCAAAUCAUCUUGGCAUGUAGUUGACCUGUUUUACAGAUCAGUCAUCAGUAGGAAUACACCGCUAGUGAUCAAACAGGGAGGGAAGAAAAUGUUGACAAGUUGAUUUAAAUGGUUUGAUUUAACUAAGGUAUAGUCAAAUUAUACAGCAGGUAUUAUGGAGCAAGGCUGAGAGCAGGGGGUGCUUAUCUAAAAGAGCACUUGUGAGAAUAUGCUAGGGGGGUAUGCAGAGGUAUGCUCUUCUGGCAAAUAAUAACAUUUUCAUUAUGGUGUUAUGUUGCCUCUGUGACUUGUUCGUCUAGUUGUCUCAUCUUGGCUGUUUGAGUCUCAGUCAUUAACAGCUCAAACUUACAAUGUAGCACUUCUCAAACAAGAGAAUUUGUCUGAUCAUUUUGCCCCCUUUUCUUUGCCAAAGUCUGUUGUCAGGGUCCUUUUUCAUGUUGCAUUCUUUGUUCUUUGAAAUAUCAUACCUUUGCUUAACCACAAUUCCAAAUAUUUGAUUUGUAAUUAUGGCAAUAAGUGGUAUCAAUGGAAGAGUAUACCAAAAAGCAGUGAUUUAAUAUCAAUUGAACUCUGGUAGAAACAGCUUCACUUGAAAUAAACUGAUGCAAACCGUAAGGUUUGUAAGCUGUAAGACACAGCUCUCAAAAGUAUGAAAAAAAGGGCAAAGUAUGAAAAAGGGGCAAAGUAAAGCUAUACACAGAAGAAAAGGUUGAGGUCAGAAGAUUAAGACAUACAUAGUUUUUAAUUGCUGUUUAAUCCUGUCUGUUUUUUCAGCGGACAGUUGUGUCGACUUGCUGAAAUGCCAGGCAACAAAGGCAUCAUGCCCUUUGGACCUUUUGGCAGCAGAGAGCAUGGCAAAAAGACUGAUAAGUGUUUGCAAGCCUGCCUCACAACAGCUGUUGGCAGGAUGUCAACUGGUAAUUAUUUCUGAACUAUAAAGAAAACAGUAAAGGAUUGUGAAAAUAAGGAUGUAUGAAUUUCCAUCAUUCUUUUUUUUCUUUUUCUUUUCAAGCAAGUAAAAUGCCACAGCCAUCUCAGGACUGUGUGUGAGUUGUUUAUGCAGACGUUUCAAUACAAUGAAGGCUUUAACAAAGAAUUGUACAGUUAUUUCCUUUUAUCGCCGCUAUAGAGCCAACCAGGGGCACCCUCAAAGUGAUUACCAUUUCAAGUGCUAUUAUGGAGAAUGUUCCAAGAAUGGUGAUUGUUUUUUUGGUGAAUUGACGAGAAUUAUAGAAAAAGAACCAUAAAACAUUUACGUUCAGUUGUGUUGAGGGAAAACAGAGUGACACACUUGACUUAUCAAUGUCUACACUGACCACUGAAUCCUUGUGAUGUCCAAUUUCUGUGUUAAACAUUGUUACUACUGUUUCAGUCAUAAUUUAACUUAAAUCACAAAGUACCUUGAUCAGGUGAUUAUAACAUCCUGAACUUGUUAUUUUUCCCUCAUUAGACCCCAGGUUUAUUUCUAGAGACAAUUCUAUUAAAAACUAUAGUGCGAGCAGUGGUUUCUCCUGGCCAGAUGCUGUGCUUCAAAGCAUUUGGCUUGGAGAAACCACGGCUCGAAGGGUAAUUAAAAACUGAAUAUAUUGUUUCACUUAAUUGCUAUAAUAUGUAACUUAUAAUUACUUGUUGUCAGACAUUUAGUGGUCAUGAUGAAAGUUACAGAUUAGGCACUAAAAUAAGUUAAAUGUAAAGAAAGGAAUGAAAUAAAACAAAAAAAAAAAGAAAAAGCUUCUGUGUUUUUUUGCAUGUGAUAAAACUGUGGAUAAAGUCUGGAUCUGGAAAUAAUGUCUGUUUGUUUAUUGUAGGACUCUGUGCUCAGUGUUGUAAAAGUGAUAAAGCAGAUGCUGGCCGAGCAGUGUUUCAACAGAGUUUAUUUUGCCAAGCAUUUGACUAGUAAGGUACUAAUGUACUAGUCCUUAAUAUUAUUCUCUUAGCUUAAAAAAUAGCUGCCUUGAGUCAAGUGGUAGGUCUAAAGACUAGGCCAUAGGUUAGCACAUACCACUAUGCUGAAAGAGACUAGGAAGAUUGACCUGUGCUCAAUAUCACCUGUAUUUCAGAACUGCCCUUAGUCAAAAGAGUUGUAAAUUGAAACUAAUACUUGAGCUAUACUUCAUGAAUUACCUUGUUUUAAAAGUUGUUAAUCAUAUUUUGUAGGGUCCUUGUCUACCCCUGGAAGUUGUCUGGUUGCUACACAAGGACUGUAUAGUUUCCUUUGACACAUAUUUAGCAUGGUAAGGUAUUUUUCAAUGUAUAUUUUUGUACUGUGGUAAUCAGGAAAAUCUCAAUGUCACCUGAACCUGAAUUGAAGUACUUCAUUCAUUAGGUUAAGUGAACUUAUCAACCAUAACUCACCUUUUUAACUUACUACAUUGUUUUUUACUUUUUUCUAAGCUGUUUGCAGUGUGAUGAAACUGUGGAAGUGGUUUCUCAUGGACUUUUGUCUCUCUGUACAAAUAUAACCAACAAGGAAAAGCAAGGAAGUAUUUUGUCAGGUUAAUCCUCUAAAGAGCUGACACUAUAUGUGUUUCAUCUAUUUUUAAUGAAGUUAUUGAUCAAAGAAUUUUUUCAAUAUCAAAUUCUUGUUUAAAACCACUAUUAUUUAAACUAAAAGGAUCAGUAAAUGUCUUUAAACUAUUAUAUGGCAUCGAUCCUCAUUAUAAUUAUAGUACAUAUCACAAGCUUUUAAUGGAUUAUGUAUUUAAGAAUGGAACCUCUUGUAAAAUUAAUGGAUUGGAACUUGCACACUGACAAGACCUACAGUCAAUGUAAAUAUGUAAUAUUUUUAAUGACAUUUUUGUGAGUUUUGUGAUAGCAUUUUAAAACCUUUACUUUCUUUCAGUUCUUUUAGGAAGAUUGAUUUCAUUUUCAUUUCUUGAAAACAAGACAAAGGAAGGACCAAUUGCAAACAAUAGAUUAGAAAAGGUGACAAACUUGUGUUUAAUUAUUGGCUUCUUUUCUGUUUUCUAACUUAACCAGACUUAUGUAUUUAGAUUUCCCAGGACAUCAUGGAUAUUGUAGUAGAGAAAAGUGAUUUUCUGCUUUGCAGAAAAAUGGACUGUCCUCCACAAGACGAAAGUAAAGAAAGGUUUGUUAUGAGCAGUUGAUGUGACAUUAUGUCUAUAAACUUAUGGCUAUGGGUAUAGAAAAGUCAGAGUGCCCAUUCAGCAAUCCCAUGAUUCCUUGGGUACUGUUGUGCCAAUCUACUCACUGGAUUUUUAAAGAACUACAAUCUGAAACAAAAGUAGUAGGAAGAGUUGUUUUUACUGAACAUAAUUUCCUGGCAUUUCAUCCAGCAGUGCUUGAUGUGGAAUUCAGUAGCUUUUUCGUGUCCUGAAUGUCUCCCUUGACCCCUUUUCAAAGUUGGGAAACUAAACAAGAAAAAUAACUCAAACUGUUCAGUCUUUUUACAACAUUAAACCAGAAGUGGGGCUGGUGAAGAGAAGUCAAUACGCGGUUAAAAAUUGUUAUCCUUCCCAACAGUUUUGUCUCUGAUUGUAGAGGAGCACUAUAGUUAACCAAAAUUUGGUUAUCUAUACAUCCAAGAAAUUUUGGUUCUCACAAAAUCGUCUGUUGUCAGUAUAUGUAUGUCUACCAGGGUAUCUGCUGACCAGUGUCACAUGACUGUAUCAUGGGUUCAGGUUUACAACUCUUUACGGUGAUGUACUUUUUUUUAUCCUCUUACCAUGCAGUUAUUAGUUUUCAAUUGAUCACAGGCCCAGGUCCAUUUUCUGAGGAGGAAUUCAGUUUGCUUUCUGCUUACUUGUACAUCCAAAUUUGAAUGACUUGAGAAAUACAUUUCUUAAAAGAUCACUCAAGAGCUUCACUGUUGGCCUUGGCUAAAUUUAUAUAUUAGGAUUUUCGCAUGGUUCAUACCUGAUGUAAGGUAUGAGACUGCACCGUUGUAUCAACACCAUACAAUGUUAUUAAAUGAUAAUCUUUAUUCUACUAGUUUGAGGACUGUAGACAGCUAAGAUUCAUGUGAACGGUGAUCAGUGUGAUUGGGAGUAGAUAACAGGGCCAUUUGCAUUACACCACUAAGGCUGAUUUAAGGUUGCCAACAAGGGUUACCCCACAGCUAUAAUUCUUGUUUUCUCUUUGUAGAUUUUGUGUGUUAGAAAUAGUGAGAAGAUUAAAUGAUAUACCAUGGCCAGCCAUAAGAAAGUUCUUUUCAAGGCAGCUCAAUUUGUUCUUUAUGCAACCGCCAGAUGCUGGUAAGAAGGUUAAAUAACAAGCAAACAAACCAAACCAGAAAGGAUUGGCAGAAACAAUGUUUUCCCUGUCAGCAAACUUUGUUUUUGUUUAAUUUGUUGUAUUAUGUCAAAUAGCAGGUGUAGUACAGGUCUAUUGCAUGAUCUCCUCAUUACUUUAUAGCGGACCUCGCGCAUGUGCAAAGCGUGCGCAGCAGAGCAAGAAAAUUUGGUUAUGCAUCUAAGAAAUUUUAGUUGAGAAAAUCGUCUGUACGACGUACAUCCACCCCUUCAUGUAAGUCAGGUGAAAGUUUGCAUUUCAAGCACUCAGGCAUUUUGGUGCUAAAUCACAUAGCUGCCCGGCCGGACUAGCAACAACAACAAAGCCGAUUCUUUCUUUUGACUUAGGGUGCGUUCGAUUGGGAAAUCCGGAUUUCAGUGUUCUCCUUAUCAGGCGGUAACUGGUAAAAUUUACCGCCUGAAGUAAUACCUCUUACCGCAUACAGUUUUACUAAAAUUUAAGAAGAAGUGUUAAAUAUACGCAAGUGAGUUGUGAUCCGAUCCGAUUCUCACAAGUAAAUGAAUGAAUAUAUGGAAAAUUACUUAAGUAUACACAGCUUUUUUUUUGUGGGCCACGAGUUUUGGAAAGAGCGCAUUGAAGACGGAGUAAAAUUAUUGGAAUCAAACAUUUUAAAUUGUUGUAUAAAGAAAACAACGGCCAAUUUGCUUAAAAUAAAGGGAAUGACCUUUCAGAGAACUUAGCUCCAAAAUUUCACAGCAAGGGCCUAGCCAUGUCCCUCACUCUGCUACCCCCCCCCCCCAAAUUAAAAUGUGCCUCUGGCACAUAUCCUGUGCCUUACCGGCCAUGAAUCGUCCUUUACCUGCUGAGCUAAAAUUUAGGGAGAACACUGGGAUUUAGAUUUUCAAAAUCUAAAUCCGGAUUUCCCAAUCGAACGCGAAAUCCGAAAACGGAUCUCAUCUCCGAGAAAUCCGUCCUCAGGGUGGAUUUCAAUUAAGAAAUCCAAAUCCGGAUUUCAUGGAUUUCUUUUUUACCGUUCGAUUGGGAAAUCCGAAAAAGGAGUUGCAAAACUAUUCUCGUGAACAGUGGUCUUCUUUUUUUUAAACCGCUGUUCUUAAGGACAGUUUUUCAAAUCCUUUUUCGGAUUUCCCAAUCGAACGGUAAAAAUGAAAAUCCAAAAACAGAUUUCUCAGCGUUGAAAUCCGUUUUCGGAUUUCGCGUUCGAUCGCAAAUCCGAAAUCCGGAUUUUGAAAUCUAAAUCCAGAUUUCCCAAUCGAACGCACCCACUUAAUUUAAAAGUCUACGUUAACGUGGAUAACAGAGAAAGUGCUAGAGCAAGAGAUAGAAAACAAAGCAGACCAAUUUUGUUGGAAGAAAAACAUGUGAAAUUUAUAGCGACGGUGAGAAAAUUAUGAGAAAUGCUAGUGGCCACAAAGGUGAAAAUGAGCGUCAGCAAAAAAAGUGAACACGGGAACACAUAACAUUAACUCGAUAAAACAUGUAACUACAGUGUAGGAAGUUUCUGGAAGUUUCAUGUUUUAGUUAUCCAAAACAACAGCAAAGAAAUGUACAAAAAAAGUGUGCUCCAGUUUUCAUUCCCAUCGCUGCUUAGCAUUACACGAUUUUAUACUUUCUUUGAGUAAACUUCAGAAAUUAAUGAGAGCUUCACUUUUAGCCCUGGUUAAAUCUGUACAUUAGUCACAAACAAGGCUGUUGAAGUGCAAACACUUGCACAAAAAGCUUCAGACUCCAAAUGUUUUUUAACUUAAGGAGAGAGGCAAUAUUUGCGAUAGACUAGAGUGUUUUGCUUGUAAACCGCAGACAUCUUUUGAGUUAGUAGAUUGAAUAUAGGUUUUCAGGCCAAAAAAAAAGGUUGUCUUGAGUCUCCUAUUUUUUAUUCGAACUGUUUAACCCUGAUAAAAAGACCGUUGAUACUGUACUUACUUUUAAAUGUUUUUAUUUUGGUGUUAUUCGUUUUGUUGUAGACACUCUUAAGCUUGACUGUCGUGUUUUUUGUAAACAAAAGGAUUUUAAGUUCUCAACGCUUAUUCAAACUGCAAGGACAGUGAUUGAACAGGUAAAUCGUCCAGAAGUAUCUUUUACACUGUAUUGUAAUUGAUCUUAUUAUUUUAAACUUUUAUUGAAGAGCAUCCAUCUAAAUCUCUGCUUAAACAUUAAUUCUAUAUAGCAAGACAGUGUGAUGAAACAAGUACUGUUUUAAAAUUGACCUCACAUGUAACUUGCGUUGUUUUUUAUUUCAGUUUCUUUUAAUCUUUGAUCCUAUGACUCUCAUUGAGUGUCUGAAGAAUGCCGUUUUCAAGGACCAGGUGUGUGUGCUUAACAUAAAUGAAAAUUGUCAAAAAGGAUACUCUUACUUUCAGUUAGGAAAAAAUAAAUUUUGAAGAAAAGUCAGGAAAAAUUUAAGUUUUACUGAUUUAAUACCAUUUAUUACGUUUAAAAGAUGCUUUUAAGUUCACUGUGAAACUAAAGGUUUUUGAAAUUUUUGGUUUUGAUUGUCAUUUUUGUAGCCUUAAAGAUAUCUGUGUUAAGUAAAUUUAAAAGUUUUGGAACCAAAACCAUUACUUGGUUACGAUCUCUUAAUUAUCCCGUGUCAUUUCUAGAUACCGACUGCAUCUACUGUCAUUAAACCUUGAUGAGCUUUAUCUUGAGACUUUGAGAUCAACUCUUCUUUUUUUCCCGUAGGUUAACGUACCAUGCGUCCUUUCAUUUCUCUCAUCGUUUGUUGUUCUUGUAAAGGAGGCUGCAUCCAUGAUUGAAGGUAGUAACCAGAAACGUUUGUGCCUCUCUCAUUACCUAAUUUGGCAAAACACUAGUUUACCACACCUCUGAAUUCUUGCAGGACGUUUUUAUGUUUGUUGUUUGUUGUUUUAACUUGAAUUAACCUUGAAAUGUUUUGAACAAGCUACAGCAGGAGUUGCAACCUUCUCUUUUUUUUGGGCUGUACUGCCAGAACUUAAAGUAUUUCCCAGUGACAGUCAGUAAAUGUAACUUUUGUUGAUUCCUAAGGUUACGUCAAUGAUUUGUUGAACGAGUCAUUGAAUAACAAUGACAGUCAUUCUCUUCUUAUUGCCUUCGUGAUGGUCAGACAAAUGUCGUUAGAAGGUGGACAUGUCUUUAAGCCUUACGUCAUGUGGUUUCAGGUAAGACUUGUUGCGAUAAGUACAUUAUGUUUGUUAUGUACUCUUUAUGCUAACGUCCAAACAACUCCCCUAAAAUCAGUAAAUUGUUGCUUCAUCUUAAGGGUAUAGUUUUUUACUGAUUUUGUUAGUUAUUAUGUCCAAACGGAUGGCAAAUUACUGUAUAACGUUAUCUGGACAUUGGGAGAAAUGGCACAAUUUAACAUUCGGUUUCCUAUUGCUAAAUUCUUGUUGCCGUAUUCGAGGGCAACUUUUCUCAAAAUUAACUUUAUUGGAUCAGUUGUUGAAUAUAAUAAGAAUGAUAAUUAAAAGAUAUGAAAAGUGGAGUUAUGACCUUUCAUGUAUGUUAACGUGUGAAAAAUUUAUCUCAGUUGUUUACACGACUUAGUAAAAGAGGAACUGAAAUUUCGUAUAUUCACUUUCAUAUCUUCAUCUCCAACGGGUGUAUUACAAGCUUAAAAAGUUGUCUGCUGUGGCCCAGUUGUUUUGUUAGGUUAGUUGCCCUGGUAUCGCAGUAUCAUGGGUUUGCGUUAUCUCCAGCUUAGAUGUUUUACUUGGUAAAUGACAAUGGUAGUAGUAAUAGCACUCGAAGUUGUUCAAUGUGCCGUCGCUAUUUUUUGUGCUUGCCUUAAAAAUGUUUUUCACCACACAAGAAAUAUAUAACUAAUCGCACAUUAAUACAGUACAAAACAACAUAACUUGAAAGUAUGAGUAAACAUACGUAACAUACCUGAAAACGCUGAAAUGUAACUGGUGCAUUUAACAGCCCAAAAGGGAUUUGCUGACCAAAGAACCUUGUAUCAUUAGUAGCUUCCUACCUGGCUUCACUGUUUAUGUCAUGAUAUUUGUUUUAGGGUUACUUUGGUGAUCAAGGAAACUUAAAGUUGAAUAUUAAGAAAAGUGUGCAGUUUUUCAUAAAGUUUCUCUCUGAGCUUGUGCCAUAUGAGCCUGCUGAAUAUUUGAAGGUAUUUUUAUCAUAUGGUUAGGGUAUUGUGGAUAUGUCGCGUAAAACGUGUUGAAACCAGUUUUAUUUUUUUCCCGCAUAUUAUUGAUAUGGACAUGUGACAACGAGUGAAAACCUCUUCGCCUUUUCGAAAUACAGACAACUAAUCGUGUACACUGAUUUAAUUGAAGAAUGUUAGUUUGUUGUUUGAGUCAAAUAAGUGAAGCGUAGAAACUGCCAUCAUGGAGCUUUGACAUGCCGUAAAUCCUCUGUCAAGCCUCCCUGGAGAUUAUUUAUUUCAAACACUUUUAAGCGGGGGACGGCGGGGGGCUUAAUAGAGACUGGGGGCUUAUUCAAUUUUGCAAAAAAUAUAGUAUCGGUUCUUCAUAAUAACGAGAAUGCAAGGUGGAAAGGCUCAAGUACAGGAAGUUGGAGGACAUGCAGCUGAGGUUAAAAAACAGAUCCGGACUUCCAGCUGGUGAAUAAACCAUCCUGUAUUAGUCCACACGAAGUUAUACAGUCGCAAUAGACUCCUGAUAGUCAUGAUUGAUUAAUACAGUCUAUCAUUUAUCGGUGAAUAAUAAUAAGGGGCAGGGGGGGAGGCUAAAAAGAGAGGGGGGCUUAUUAACCUUCUUCCACUGAAAAGGGAGAGCCUAUUUGAGAGGGGGGGCCGGGGGACUUAAUAGAGGAUUUACGGUAUUUUUUGGUAAGAAUCUUGAGCAAGUAAUAGAGCUAGGACACCAAAAGAAUGAAAUGAUAAAGUUUAAAUAAAACGAUUUGCAUGAUAAAAAGUGGAAACGAAAGUACUGUAAAAACGUUACUUACACGUUAAUGUUGUUGAGUUGUCUGUGUCUGCGAAAUAAACUAUAACUGAAAUAAACAAAAAAACAUUGACAUAAAAACAUCACACGGCCUACAACGUAAUCCCAAAAAAUAAUUUAUGUUCUCUUCACCAAUCAUAGGUUCACAUUAUCAAAGCUCCUCAAGUACCAAGCAAAUUACGCGAACUCGUUACUGAUUAUGCGUCCUUGGCAAAGACUAGACUGAUGGACCUUAAGGUAAUGUUGAAAUUAAAAGAAGGCCUCGGUAUUGUUAUACUUUAAAGGGACUGCAAUCGGCGACUAGAUUGAGACAAUGUCGUCAAAUAUUUUUACAUCGGAAACAAAACAGUCUGGACCCCCCCCCCCUUCAUACUCCCCACGUACAUUACCUCAGUAUUGGAGGAACUGCAUUGGCCCUCCAGCUAAUGCGCUUUUUUAUAUAAGCAGAGCCAGGUCAAUAACUUGCUGGCAGCAAAAAUGAUAUGUUGUUAGGAGAUAAUCCGUGACUGUUAGUAGUCUUGUGCAAGAAGGAAAGUCUGUAUUUUUUGGUUUACCUAAUCUGUUUGUGAUUGCUAUUUUGAUCAGGAGCCUGUGGAACUCGUGAGAAUGUAUGGAGACGGUUCUGCUGGGACGGAGGCAAAAAGUGAACAUGCAAAGGUUUGCAUUAAAGAACAAGAAGAGCACUCAUGAAAAACGCCAAUAGUGGAAAUAAAAUGUGCUCCUGUCAAUUUAAUUGAGUCAUUUUUUAUUUCAUACCAGUACUGUAUAAAGGUUAAUGAACAUUUGUUUGUCAUAGCAACUUGAGCAGGCUUCUUCAGAUGUCGAUAAAGUCCUUGACGCUUAUGAAAAAUCCGGCAAAGUACCAAGCACUGUAAUGGAAGCAAGGUGAAUGACUUGAACUUAAGUUAUGUACUUGCACGUAAGUAAUGUUUGGUAAAGCUCUACUAUUGAAUAUUAAAAAAUGUUUUGGAAUCCGUUGGCUUUGAUACUUAAGGUACUUUUUGUGACAUACAUUAUGGUUAUAAUUUCACUAAUCAUUGCGUGUAUGCAAUUUAUUCAUUUUCCUUUUUUUCAUUCAUUCCAGUAUAUUCAGGAAACCUUAUUUUAUAGGGAGAUUUCUGCCUGCGUUGCUAACUCCAAGAAAGGUUUGCCGUCUUUAUUGCUUUGCUGUUUCUCCUAAUCACUGAGUUUUUAAAUGUACUGUGUAGAAUAAGGAGAAGAGUGUUUCAUGAGGACAUUUGAACACGGAAAGAAAGAUCAGCACAAGGACAGAAAGAUUAUCGCAUAAUUGUUGAAACACCUUUUCGCGGUAAUUGUUGGCUUUUCAGUUUUCAAAUCUUUGCAGGAAAAUAUGAAAUGACGGUAACGUUCUUUAAAUUUUACGUGAAAACGGUUCAGGUAUCUUACGUAGUUGUCUUUCUCUGUAUGUGGUAAUUUUGUGGUAAUUUUCCAGAAAAAAAACAUUUAAAAGAGAACGUUUAGCCUUGUCCAAACAUAUUGCUAAGCUGGUAUCUUGUUUUGUUGUACUAUUGAGGUAUGAUGCUCCGCGUUAAUUUUUAGAUCCCUGAUGAACCUGACACAAGAUCUCAGCUCAUUGAUGUUCUAAGCAAGUAAGACUUUUGUUCCAGAUGCUUCCUUGAUUCUUAUCGGCUUGUGCCGUUUGCUCAAUUGGAUAAGCGCUGGUCUGUUGAGCGGUAGGUUACGGAUUCAAACCCUGGCAGGACCAACACCCAAGAUCUUAAACUAACUGAUGAGAAUAUGCUGGCUUUUUCUUGUCAUGUAUAAAUAGUUAGACAUAUAAGGCCAAAAAAACCCUAGGCCCUGUCUCAACUCUCUUUCACUGUCAAAGUAUAUGCACUGCUCUUUUCAAAGAGUAGGGUACGUAGACCCCGGUAGUGUGGUCAUCUCUAACCGUAUGCGCGGUGUCUUUAUGUGUGUUUCGCUGUACCAGGUCCAUAUUAACUUUUAAGCUGCUGAAAAUAUAAACUGCUUUAUCCAAUUGAAAUGAUGAUGAUGCACUUGAUGCUUUUCAUGGAUGUCUAAGAUUGCUAAUUACUCUUCAGUAAUUAAGGCUUGGCUUCAAUAGCCUGAACAAAGUUUGGAACGUCUUAGACAGUCAAGACUAUCAGGGCGAUAAUCCGCGGGAAACUGGGCCUUAGAGAGAGGGAGUGAUUGUAAUGAUAAUGUUACGGUGGCUUGAUUCAAUCGGUUGUGCGCGAGUCGUAAGUUACUCUGCUCCUCAUGCUGGUAACACAGAGGAGUGCUGGCGAAUUGUUCAGAACCCGUUCAGCAUGCAAGUCUGAAAAAAAGUGGUAUACCAAUCUUAGGAGAGUAGCGCUAUUUCCAGUCUUCUGAACUUCUUGAAGUGUAAAAAGUGAAUAGUUUGGAUACAAAAGACAAUCAUUAUUUUUCAGAAGGACAGCUUCAAACAUAAACCAACCCACUCAGCAUAGACGCUUUUUUCAAAUAUCGACUCUGUUAUUGUCCUCCACGAAAUCUAACGCCGUUGUAUUUAAAAUUGCCCUGUUUUCCAUUCCUUACAAGGAUAAUUAAAUUUGCUAAUAAAAAGUUUUCUACGUUUCACAGAGCUGGUAAAAUCCCUAAAAACAUGCUUACCGCGUAUCAAUCAGCGUGUAAGAAGACCACGGAACAGAUUGAAGGUAGAGCCUGCUUUAUAAGCCGUUCGUACUACACCUUAAGAGGAGGGGGAUGUGUUUAUGUGGUGUUUGGGCAGAUGAAGACAAUAUGUUCUAACUUUAUUGACGGGAAUUGAGUAUCAUGGGAUACGUGCGUUAAAACAUCUCCAAGCUAGAGGGAUUUUUUACCGUAAAUAUAUUAAGUCUAUAGCUGCUGGGAGAGACCAUUUCUGACAGCCUCUGAAAUCAAUGCAGUUUCAGGAUACAGGUCCUGAAACGGACCUCACACUGUUUGUUCUGAACUCAUCCGCUAACACAGUCAUCACAAUCCACAAAAUGAAAAGUAAGAACCACAUUGAACAACAUCAAGAGGGAAAGUAUCAUUCAGUAAAUCAUAACAAAAAAAACGACUAAUUUGCACAGGAUAACAAACAACACCACAUCAAAAUUUAAUGGCUUGUGAUGUUUCACUCUGUUGUGACAUUAAAGGAGUUCAUUCAAACGUUUUGAACUUUCAGAUAACUUCGUGUAAAACUUACUUUUAAAUUUGUCUUUCUUUUUUGCGGAAAGUGAGUGUGUUGGAUGAUGAAGGUACACUGAGUGGAAUGGAAAAACUUAUUAGCUGCUUGGAGAAGCUUACCAGACUCAUCGUGGAAUCAUUGCAGUUUUCCGACUUAUCAAAACUAACAGGUAUCAUUUGCUCCGUGGCCUAAAGUAUGCCUAUAAUUUAGACUUACUUUUAUGAGGACGAAAGGUCCACUUUAACUGUACUUUCACAGUUAAUAAAGUUAAAUGGUUAUCAAGUCCGUCAGACUCUUUUGUUAUGUCCUUUUGUUAGCUUUUUUUGCACAACGUUCAAUAGCAUUUUAUCUAUAUUUAUAUGCCUCAUUGUCGAACAGAUUUUCGAAAAUCAAGGGGCUAAGUUUUUCAACUCGCUAAGUCGUGAAAUUCAAAACAGUGAAAAUACCAGUUUGUUUGGCAAAGGACUUAAAAAAUUCCUUCUUUCUUGGUCAUUUAUACUCUUUGUUGAGGUACAUACUUUUCGUUUUCGUUUUCUUUCUUUUUCGUUACUUUUACUAAGAGAAAAUAAUGCAUUUUUCAUUCAGUAACUUAACUCACUUGGUGUUACCUUAUAGUGUCAGGAAGCCUAUAGUGUAUAACCACUUUGAACAUUUGUAAAAUGAUUUAUUUCGAGUGUCUGUUAUCUUUAAUAGAUUAUAAAUUUCUUUCCCACCAGUAAAAACGUCCUAUUAAUUUAGUCAGUCAAAAUUUCUGAAGAAAAAAAGGACUGUGUACCGUCAGGAGCUUCCAACCUAAACUGCAGCACUGUAAUUUUUAUCUUUGAUGUUUGCCGCCUUUUAUAACCAGUCUCCUCUAGUAACUAUGGUUCUAUUGAUGGCUGCGAUUUUAGAGCCCAUCGCUCUCAACGUGCCUGCAAUUAGCGAAAAACGUAUUGCUACAAAACACGGUUCCUGCUUUGGAGGCAUUUAGGAGAAGUGAUACAGUUAUCAUUCUCACCAAAUUGUCCCCAUAAGCUGUCUAAAAAAGGUGCUCGUCCAAUCAAGAAUAGGGACCUUAAGGUGAUGUUACACAGGACGAUUUGCAACGACGAUUUUUAGCGCUGGACAGCGUUGCAAUGUUGGAACAAUGUUGUAACCAUUUGAAACAAUGUCGCAACUAUGCUGCAACUCUGUGUUGCGCUAAAAAUUCGUCGUUGCCAAAUGCUCGUGUAACAUCACCUUCAAGCAACGACAACGACGACGAACAACAAAAACGUCAAUAACAAUUGGUUUUAUGAGCAAAACAACUGCUCUCACGCUUUUUAGUACAUUUCUUGGACGUCCACUGCACGACUACGACGUGAAAACUCUCAAUGCGACGGUUUAUGGAUGACGUGGACAUACUACGACAAUUUUCUCCUUCACUAUUUGAACAUGGAUAAAGCCCUUGAGAAUUCAACUCCAGGAAAAUUCGCCUAUAUUUGACGAAUUGAGCGGUUCAAAAUAGACCCAAAGUCAUUUUUUUGUGAUGUUUCACUGCUGUCGUCGUCUUCGUUGCUUAAGGUGAUUCCCUGGUUUUGCACUGCGCAUCUCUUACUGCGCAUAAUAAGAUGGCCUCCGUAAAAAAGAGCAUGUGAAGUAGCAUUAUUAAAAUGAAGUUGACCGAAGAGAAACGCUAUUGCAAUUUUUGCUUGCGGUUGUUUCUUGCCGAGGUGAGCAGUACGCGUGUUGCUGAGUUCGACUUCCUCGCGGAGAACCUCGAUAGUGGAUGUUUAAUUUGUGCUUAUUCACUUUGAUUUUCAUUUAAACGCUUUCUUUAUCACGUUGUGUCCUAAAUGUGAUAUCUCGAUGUUAAUUCUGUAAAAACGGAUUUUUUGAUACUUUCUUCCCCCUCUUGGAUACAUUCUAUUCUGAAACUCGCUCCAGUCCUCUCUCAAAAAUCAAGGAAAAUGCAUUUGGCGCGCACUUUGCAGCUCUACAGCACGAGCUCUACCCCAUUUUUAAUUUUGAUAAGGACAGUACGGUGACCCCAUUUAGUUCGUUUAUUAACGUCUUAAUUUUACUUUGCGUUAUUUUGAUUAUACAAUGUCCGACAGUGCUCACAUGGUGGGUGGCUCCUCCUCGUUCUGCAAUUGGUGAGAAAAAAACCAAUUGGCACAAAUCUAUUGUUUGCACACGUUUUUAUAUAUUUUUAGCAACUAAGAUAAUUUGCAGUCUGUCUACUUUGAAUUCCUAAAUUGUACGGAUUGAGCUAUCACGUGUCGAAUAGCGCGCGUCCAAUUUAAUUCUAAUUUGGAGCGUAAAGUAAAAACAAGGGCAUUAAAAGGCAUUUUUCUAGUACGUAAGUGGAUAAACAAUACAAUAAAGUCAAAUUCUGUGCGAUACCACAUGCAUCAUUGAAAAAAUCUUUCCUUUUUGUCUAGUUUUGGGCUGCGCGCGGUUUUUGUUAGCCGUAUUUGUCAGCAUUGUGACGUCAAGACGAGCACGGUGACCCCCACUUUUUAUUACCUUUUUAUCAUCUUCUUGACUUGUUACAUCAGUGUACCAAGUUUUAUCUACAAUCUAUGUUAGGUUCUUUUACUAGGGAGUCACCUUAAGGUCUCUAAUAUUAAGGGAUCUUAAGAUCGACAAACUCUCCUGGAGUUGAAUUUCUAUUAAGUACCAUAUCCAAGUUAAGAAAGAGAAAGAAAAUUUCGUUUUCGCUUGUUUGCGUCCUCCAUAAAAGGUGCAGUGGCGGGAAAGAAUUGUACAAAAAGUUUACUGCACAUGAAAAGUUGUUGUUUUGCUAAUCUGUUUGACGUUCUCGUUGCCCUUGUCGUGGCCGUCGUCAGGCUCUUAAGGUUGUUAGAUAGAUAACAAACAACGAAGAGAAAGCUGAGCUUUAUCCACCUUAAUGCAAAUGUGCCUAAAGAAGUACCAGUCUUCUUUACAGGUAUACCCGCUUGGAGAGAGCAAAGAAGAUACUAUUUGUCUACGACUUGUUUUAUAUUUGCUGUAGGGAGAAUUUCAUCCCAGUUGUCAAUUAUCUCUGCAACCAUCCAGUCAAUGACAAAGGCAUCAGAUGAAAUGUUAAUAACCAAUCAACUUGUUGAGGUGGACAUCGUUAGUCUGGACAGAGGCAGCUGUACGCAGGUUUGGUCUUCAUUCCAAUGAAAUGAUUAAUUUUUCUUGUCCAUGUAACAGUAAAAAAAUUAAUUUGGGUUCGUUGUCGGUGUGAAAACAAAACAACAAAAAGAAGACGUUAUACGAAAUGAGCCAGGAAAAUAUAAUAGCUACCAAGAAAACUAAAAUGAACCUGGGGCGAUUUCUAUUCGACCAAAACUCCAAAAGCUUUGCAAGUGGCGCAAACAAUGUUUCCAAAAAGUUCGAGAACUGUUAAAUGUCUGAAAUGCGAUCUACUCAACCGAAAAAUUCUAGAAAUUCCAUGAGCAAAGUUGAAUUGAAAGAAAACGUCCGGAAAGAAGCUCUUCGAAAAUUUGGGUAUACCUCGCGAGGUUGUCAUCUUUUUUCUAAAUCACGGAUAAUGCUGCUCCAUUCAGACUCUGAUCGUUGCCAGAAAUUCCGUCUGGAAGUUUUGGUUGAAUAGAAAGUGCCCCUCAACAAAGAAAAACUGCGCUUUUUACACCCCGGUAACCCAUAAUUUGCUUUGUUUAUUUAACCAAGACUGUAGAUGCUUUACUAGACGCAUUUUACCGCACAUGCGACGAAGUAAAGAAGUGCUCAUUAGACUCUCUGGAUAAUAUGAAUCGGUAAGUUUUUACAACAUUUAUAUUACUAAAGUCAAUUGUUUGAUUAUCACUUCUACUCCAAGCGUGCCUCUCCAUCAAGAGAUUUUCCCUAGAAGGCAUUUGGCACCUUGCGGUUUCAAUUUAGUGACCGAAUUUACCACAAUUGUAAAAAUCAGAAUGUGUACUAGAAACGUAUCACACAGCUUCAAGUCAGUUCUUUGCAAAAUGCACGGCCGAAGGUUACAUUCGUGUUUUUUGUUCUUUACGCAGAGGAUAUAUGGACACUUCCAACAACUGGGUAGUGUGAUUUCAUUGUUUAAUACAUGAAAUUUUCUUCCUCUAACGUGAAAAAGCAUGGUGGACCUUCAGUCUAAUAGCUGGGACCCUAAUUCCUCUUCUGUGUUUUUGUGUUGUUUGAAACAGAUAUCACUGGGUUCGUGAUUUUGUGGCCAUGGUCGUAUGUACAACGUCACUUCACAAAAGCCUGUAUUGUCAGUUAUGGCGAAGAACCUGCUUGCAGGUUUGUUGUUGUAAAUUGUAACAAAUUUAUACUUUCUUUCUCUUUCACUGUUCUUUAGAAAGAUGUAUCUCACAUAGUUACCGUGAGUCAACAAUAUUUCUACGUUUAACAAGAAUAGAGUGGCCAAGUUCCCUGUGCACCUACCCCGUUACAGAUUGCGCAUUUUUAGUGGCUAGAAUUGAAGUUUGUAGCUCUUAACUUUUUUAGCAAUUUACUCACCGAAGUAAGAGAGUGCCUAUUUUUAUUACAAAAAUAUCGAGAGGGCUAAAGCUAAAACUGCAAAUUCCAGUCAUGCAAAUUUUGGUGGAACUUCAGUUUAUGUGUGCUGCUUAGGGUCGGGAAACUGCCUGAAGUCAACGCUUGUAACCUUUGUCAGACCUUCCAAACCUUCCCGCAGGGUCUGGAAGAGGGGGUCCUGAUCCCGCAUACCCGCCCCUUUUUCGCGAGAAUCCCGCAUCCGCCACGUAUUCAGUUUCCCGAAUACCGCUUUUCUUUCUCAUUCUUUUUCUGAUUUCUACAAAAGCUAAUAAAUGUAAGAUGUAGGUUGAUCCUUUCGAUUGAUAUUGUGAAUUUACGCGUGUUUUUAAAGGUUUCCGGCAUUCCCGACAGACACGCAAACAUAAAUCCCGCAUCCCGUGCCCAAUUUUUGGCGAGUCCCGCUUCCCGAGGAACAGUCAAAUCCCGGAUCCCGUCAAUAUAUUUAUCGUUUUCCCGAUUCCCGCACCGUAUUUUGGUCAAAUCCCGAAUCGUGAAAAUACCCUUCCAGACCCUGUUCCCGCAGCAGCCUGGGUUCGAAAAAAAGUUCUGUCUCUUCGUCUGGGGCAAGUAGAUUUCCUUUGUGAGAGGUCUUUCAACCAAUAAACGAGAGAUAAAUUUGCCAUUAGGUAUCUUAUAUCCUAAAAUUUAAUUAAAGUCUUAGUAAUAAAAUCCUCUUUCUUUCAAGCAGGGUGCAACAUCAAGUAACCAAGACGUACAAGGCCUGGCAGUGUUUCUUUGCUACUUAUGUAUUAACCAGACUAACGUGCUUCCAGUACUUCUGAGAGGAAACCUCCAUACCGCGGAAAAGAAAUUUCCAGAUGUUUGUACGGUAAUAAACGGGAGAAAUUGGUAGCAGAUAGAGCGAGAUAGACUCCAUACACACAUAUAUGUUUUCAGUAACACCUUACGAAGCCACACUUGGUGCCAGGUCACGGUGCCCGGAUACGGAACUCAUUGGGCACUAAUUUUCAAGUACCCGCGCCCAAAUUCAGGCACCGUAACGGUACCCGAGUCCCUGUACUCUGGCAUUAAUAGUGGUCACUGGAUCCCUGUGUGCAUACCUUUUUUAUUGGUACCGGGGCAAUUCACUGCUUUCUAACUCCCUGCUGAGCUCAAGUUUCAAAAUGGCGUUUGAAAGGGCGAAUUGGAGUAACUAUGUACACAGUUACAUAUCGGGUACUCCAGGUGUGAAUAUGGCACUGUUUUGUCACUAGUGUCAGUACCCAGACACCAGUUCUCAGCAACCAAGAGUGGACAGUCCCUAUAAUUAAUAAUUUCCUUUGUUUCACAGAUUUGCUGCUUUCUUGAUGUCCUGUGUGAUCAUAUUCCACUGUGUACGAGCCGUUGGAUGGAGUUUUUUCUGAGGUAUUUUUCAAAAUUUCGAUUGUGAUGCAUUAAUUCGCCACAUACACUAACCUCGCAAAAAUACUUUACUCCCUUCCUAGAUUUUCAUGCACAUAUAUGGACCAUGUUCUUGAUGCAUUCAGUGGGAGUUUCACCGAAUUAAAGACCGAUGUUGGACGUAAGUCUGGUAAUGUUUGAUUACAAUUUAGGGGAACCGACCACAGAGGGGCGAAACAUGAAGGCUUUACAUAACUCAGUUGAAUUAUGAAUGCUUUUGCUAACUGGUGUGGUCCUACAUACACGAUCGUAAGUGUGUAAUAGUAUUACAGCAGUACCUCAGCAGAUACGUUCCUUCUUUUCCCAGUGCAUACUGCUUACCUGUCGCCAGCUAUGCUUAGAAAGGUAAGAUUUAUUCGUAUUUUUUCUCGCUUGACGUUUUGCAUAGAUCUAUGCGCUGAAGUCAGUGCUUCUUAGCUUGGUCAAGCGCCAGCUCGGACAAUGUAGAUUCUCUCUCGCCAGUCAAUUUGUUCUAGCAUUGCCCUUCAGAGUUUUCCGACAGUGGCGAACACGGUGUCUUCAAGAAACGUGUUCGUAGGUCUCCCUCUCCUAGUUUGGCCUAGACACUAGGCCAGGAGCAUUCUCGGAGACCCAGGGGCAGCUAGUCGGGACGAUAGAAUGUUCGUGAUGAAAGGUUACUGUAAGAUCGAGAAGAGCUAAUAUAUUUCUGCCUCAGCUAAUGCGAUUUCCGACUCUGUUCUUAAAAACCCGGCUUGUUCAAUUCCAUUGUGUACUAAUUUUUUUUGUUUCAGACGUUUUAUCUUUUACAUCGGCUUAAUGUUUGCGGAGAUACAUUCCUCUUCAAGCCAACUCUGCCAGAAGGUAUUUGUCUUAACGGAAUUACAGUGUAUCGUUCUUGUCACGAUGUAGUUCCUUGAGAUGUAGAUCAAGACGUUUUAAUUACUUACUGCAAUUCGUCUGCGAACACUGCGUUGCGCUGCUUACUGACGUCACAGCGGCCCACAGAAUCUGUGUGUGUAGCCGAUUGUUAUUUUAUAGUAAAUAUACUGGAUUUACCUUUUGCUUCACCUAUAGCGAGUUCGCCGUUUACUGUUCCUUCUGUCAUAAGGAACAAUAAAUGGCGAACUCAAAAUCGUUCAAAAUCGCUCAAAAAACCGCUUUUCAAGCAAAAGGACGACAGCAUAUGGCAGGUAAGGUAAUUCAACGUUUAUUUAACAUUGAUUUAUAUACAUACUUUGCGAUAUAUCGCUCUAGGUAAGGCAAGCGAUAAAUCCUUUACUACAAAAGAACAGUCGGUUACACACACAGAUUGUGUGGGCCCCCUGUGAUUAAACCUUCGCGAUCAAAAGUUACCGUGCAGAAACAAUUGUCGGAAUCACCCAACAGGAAAUUGUGAAGCAUGAUAAUGAGCAACAUGGAACAUUUGGCAGUGGCUUUCAUAAAUUUAGGCUUGGUUUGUUUAUCGACAUGAGAGUGAUAACACAUUUGGGCGUUACGUUUGAAGUUAGAGUAUUCCAGCAGUUAAAUUAAUACCUCUGCAGUUGUGUUUAAAACGAUUUGCAUGUGGGUUUAAAUUAAGUGUAAAAUGUGCGGAUACGUUACAAAAUAUUCUUUGAAAUAUGCGAUUAAGGUUCUUAGUGAAUCAAUACUCCCUCGAGAAGUCAGCGUAAAAGGUCGCAAAAUUUACCAUCCGUCAUUAGUGGGAUCAUGACAGUCACGUUUGAAAACGUUUUCGGAGGAAACAUUGAAAAGUGACUGUGGGCUGGUUAUCAUGAUGAAUCUCUCUCUCAAAAAACCCGUGAAGCCUACUCGGUCUAAUUUUUUCUUCGUCUUGUGUAUUCACAAAGCUAUAGAUGUGGUUGUGUGUGUUGAAUUGUUUAUUUUUUUUAAGAUCUGGUUUGUAUGGUGAAAAAGUUGAUCUCUGUACAACAGUUCCAACAGUUGAAGGAAAAAGAGGAAAAGGUACAUACCGCGCUAUUAGCAUUACAGAAAGAUUGUAACUCUAUCGCACUAGUUAGUUCCCAGUGUAGUGUUGACGGAAUAGACUUUCCUGGGCCCCCAUCAACGUGUUGUUAUCAACAGACUUGACAUUGACAAUGGACCUGCUGUGCGGCAAGAAAUUAGAUUUGCCUCUUAACUUUUAGUGAUUUAAUAUGAUUUAUACUCGAGUUGGAGCUUAACAGAGAGAGUUAGAGAACUUUUUCCCGCUUUUUUUGUAGUACGGUAACUGAACAGAGUGCUACUUAAAACGAGUCAACCAGUCAAAAUAACUAUGACAUCGUGUAUUUAAAAAAUACUUGACCAUUUUUAACCCAGUAAAAAAAUGUGCCGAGUUUUGAACCAUCGCACACUUUGACGAUUUUCCUGUGCAUUUUAUUCAUGAGACAAAGGCCAUUUUCUGCGACAUUUAUGUGUCCAUGCAUUCGCAUAAAGGGUAUAUUUUAUGCACGCUAUACUACUUGUCGAUUCCAGUUUAGGGGUAACCUUGCGUUUGUUAUUUAGUUACUGGUGUUGAAAUUCGCACCUAUUUUCUCUGGGCAUAUCUCAAUUUAUGCAUCGUGUUAGUAAUAAUGAUGUAGUAAAUUAUAUCCUCUACUGGUUGUCAUUUUCAGCUGACUUUUUCCGAGUGGUGUCGAUGGGAACUGGGUGUAUCCGCCAGGGAAGAUUUCUUAUCAGAUAAUGACAGGUCUGUGUUUAUACUACAAAACUUUGAUUUACUAACAACCUGGGCGUAUAUGGGGUCCUCUCUCUAGUUAGGUAACUGAUGUAUUGCUUCUGGAAAGUGAAUCGUAAACGGUGUUGACCAAGCUCUUUAAAUUCAGAUGUAGAAGUGUUAGCAGUGACCACAGUGAAGUAAACGUGGAAUCCGUCUCAGAUCUUGGCCUAGAACAGGGCUCCAUUUAAACUAGCUCUGCUAAAUUGGAUGCCCCUGGAUAAAUAAAAUAAAUAAAUAUUGAAUAAUAGGACAAAAAACUGAAGAGGAACGAAUCCAUAAGAUAGCAAUUGUUUUCAUUACGUUAGGUAGACAAAUUUCGACAGGUGUCGCACAGGAUAAAAGGGCCUAAAUGUUCUCAAAAGCGUCGAUUAAAUACGUUAAUUUGACUUCCUCUGUUAUGACCAAAUUAAAACCCUUGUUAUUUCUUUCCCACCUUACCCUUGUGCGUUUGUUUUUUUCUUUUUGUUAUUGACAGGCGUAUUUAUCAUCAGUUCAGAGUUUUGGACCACUUCCUUCCCCUGGGUACCCUAGAUGGUGGUUGUAAUGGCUGCGCCAGUAAAGCAUGCUCCGUUAUCUUCCAUGCUCUGCUAAACGCUGAGAGCAGGUAACCAAGUAUAUUUUCCUUAGGGAAUAUUCAAUAAGUUCAACUUGUCAGACUAUUUACCAAUAAGUGGUUAAGGUUGAGUAUGAUGGCAGAACCCUCCUCCUGUCUUCACCCUGAUUGACCCUACAGCUAUUAACUGUGGCUUCCGUGCUUUGGUGGUGUAUGCAACUAUAUCAGUGCAGUUGACUAAUUUGCUCAGUACAUAAUACAACUUUUACUUUUCUCUUUUUGAAGGUCUCUUCAAGAACAGAAACCUCUUGACAUCAGCCGAAAUGACAUGAUCAACCUGAUACAGGUUAUACUGUGGCACUUAAAUGGAAGAUAGGAGAAGCCUGCCUGUUCUAGAGUUCGCCCUUCCUCCUUUCUUAACAUCAUUAUAUCGCUCAUUAGCAACGUCCAAAUUCUACCAAGUCCAUUAAUCGUCGUCAAGAGCCUCAUCAAUGAAGCACUCUUUGGUUAAAUGUUCAUGAGACUGUUGAUUAGUCAUAGGGUGCUUAUUGGAGAGCGGCGUUAUAACAAAAAUUGAAGUUUUAAAGGGGUGUUAAUUAGAUAUGGAGUGUUAGCUAGCUUGUUUACGGAAUUGAAUGGAUCGAAUGUUUAUUUCAGGAACUUGUUACCAUGUUGCCUCAGCUGAGUAAUGAUGAUGCUGGUCAAGAAACAGAAGCUGAGAGUUCGUGUGAUCCAUGGCUUUUACAACAGUUUCAUUCUAGAAUGUCACAGGUAUCACACACCACCCUUGGAAAUAACUCUGUUUAAAAUGCGUGUUUGUGCCGGGGUGUGAUUUUGUUCAGGAGAAGGCUUGUCGAGUUGAUUACUUUUAGUUCCCUGGCAAACUUUUUUGCUAAUUAAACAUUCAAGCAGAUUUCAAAGAUUGCUUCCAAGAAACAAAUUUGAACGUCGAUUCGUUUCCACAUGGCUCGUUCUCAAUUCUGAUUGGAUACCCUUAAGUCUCUGUUAUAAACCCCACCGUUUAAAAGCCGAUAAAUUUGUAAACAGAAAUCUUAUUUCAGCUAUAAGUUCCCCUUAAGUCGUCAACAGCUUGUGUCGAGACGAUUUUUGACAAUGUAGUUGACAAAUAGUAACAUUAGUUUUGUAUGGUGUAUUUUUAAUAGGUUCAAUUUAACGUUGAACAGAGCAAGGCUAAAACAACAGAGAGUUGCGAUCUACUGCCAGCGUCAAAGACUGCUUCUUUUAUAAAGUAAGAUAUGUUUUGACCAUUUCCCUUAAUUUUUAAGCCAAGCAUUCUACAAGGUUAAAAGUUGUUGGCGUUAUUGUUGUUGUUUGUGUUUGUUUAUUACGCGCUUUUACUCUCUCGACCUGAGAUUAAUCAUAAAACUAUGCAACUUGCCCGCCCAUAAUUCAUGGGGGAUUUGGUUAUUCAGUGACCUCCCUAUAGAGAGUCGACAAAUACCACCGAAGAGCGGUAGGGACCAACUCUAGGUGUCCGUUCUAGGGAAGCGUCCGUCUUAGAAGUGUCUCAGAGAGAGUCUACUUUAAUACAUGCAAUGUAAAAAAAACUCGUACUGUUUUUGUUUAAUUACAGAUUGGCUAUGCGUCUACCCCCGUAUUUGCUGUUUACUAAUAAACUGGACAGCGACCCUAACGCACAUUCAAUCACUCGUGUUGCAGAUUUUAUUUAUUCAUACCUGGUAAGUGUAACUGGACAUACCUCUCUGUUUACCAUUAUAUUUAUUAAUUUAUUUGUUCAUUUAUAUCUCGCUUAGCAUAUAAGCUAAUUAGAACAGACUCUUGUAAAAAAUAAAAAUAAAAUAAUACACGAAAAUCCUACCAAAAUUGUUGGCCACCCACGUUAUAUCGUGUUUUCAAGUCAUGACAGUGGUUCUUCAUACCUCUGUGACAAUACCCUGGGCUGGUGCAUUAACAUAUUUUCCUCUUCUUUUAUCUCUAUCGUAGAGACCUUACUUGAGUGACGGAGGAUGUCUUCCUUUUGACAUAACAACUUACAUUUUAAAGGUACAUGUUAGAGCCAUUUGGAUAUAAACUUAAUAAACUUAGAACAAGUGAGCACGAUCAAAACAAUCGAGAGUAACUGGAAUGUUGCGAGUUAACUGGUUUAGCGAACUAAACACGCAUGGCUUUUGGUUGGUUUGGCGACCAUACAGAGCCAAUGGGCGGUUUUCGGGAUAACUUAAAGGGCGCUUGCCAUUUGUCAAAACUGGCUGACCAGACCAUGCAAUCUUAAGGAGAUUCCACUAUCAAUCAGGAUUAUCUAGCCAGAUCAGCUUAUUCUAACAGUCUGCUCGGCAGUCAAUUCUGGCUUUUGAAACUGCCCUUAGUGACUAAUUGGCAUUCUGAUUUUAAUUUUUUGGCGGAUGAAAUAAAUUGCGCUGGAAAAACCAUGGAACUAAGAAAUGUCCAAUCUGAAUCCCGAUGAGACUUAAACCAAUGAGAUUUCAGAUGCUGAUUGGGUGAUUUGCGCGGCUACUAAGCUAUGGAGAAACCUACUGGGAGAUGGGUUAUUUACCACGUUCAUGAGUGACAAUAACCUCUAAACCUAGAAGAUCUUUAUGCUUCGUCACUGGUCCUGUGGGUAAGGAUCGCUUGACGAGGGCCUAACAACAUCUGCGUUGCAGUGUUGACGUUUGAUUUCAUAACGAAAGGGGAUCGCUGUAAAUAUUAUAGUAGGGCUGAAACUAUCAUUAUUGGAGUCAGUUGUCAACAAUUCCUUUUUUUUUGGAAUGCCCAACGAGCAAUAGCUGCUGUUUAAGUAUCAAGAAGGAAUACACUUCAGCAUGUAUGUCAAUGAAAAUUACUGAACUGCCCUUCCCUUGCUCCUGCUUGGUAUGUUUGUUCUUUUCUUAAUAUGACCAUGCCCUCUCUCACUACUGCUAACAGAAUUCUAUUGUUUCAAUUCCACCACCACCACCAAAUGGUACAUAAUAUGAAGCAAAAGUCAAUGUCGGAUGUCGUUUCCGUUUUCUUUACAGCCAGCGGUUUUAUUUGAUGAAUUUUGAUAUUCACUUUUUCCUUUUAUUCUUUUAGGCUUUGCUAACUUACACCAGAACAUCUCCAAGUAAAUCAAUAACUGCUGGCUCUGAGCUUUUCUCCAGAUUUUUCAAGGAGUGUCCCUUGUUCUUUGUUUCUACUCAAGUAAGUCUUUUCUUUCGCGAUAGUGGCGAGCAGCCGUGUCUCUUGAAUGAGGCCUGGGUUUGAUUUGUCUCGUGUUCAUAAGCCAAUCAGAUCUCAAUCUCGAUACAUGUUUUAAGUACAUAACACUUGCGUCGAGAUUAACAUGCUCAAAGAGCAAGAAAUAUUUUGCAUUCUUGAUUUGCUUGAUUUUCUUCUAACAAUACUUAUAUUUUUCUCUGGAUAGCAUUACUGGAAACAGCUCAGACCUUUGGCGGCAAGCCAUCGUAACUAUACAUGCGCCGUUCUACAACAGGCCGGGUCGUUUUUGAACUGGAAAAACAGGUUUGUCUGACCCAAAAUGGGCAAUACAUAACAAAAGGCUCCAACGUGAAACAGAUUGAGUCGAUUUUACUUGAACGAGUGGAAAUUGGAGGUAGACUAAAAAGUGUGAAUCCUGUUAGUUUCAGGCAAAACCUUCUUUGAAUACCAUCUUCCGACUUGGAAUUGAAAAUUAUAUUACCUUUCAUUUGAAUGUUAUAUUGUAGGAAUUUAGCGUCAGUCGUGAAAGUUACAACCACGCUGUAUAUCAGUAUAAGGGUUUAUAGAAUAAUAUAUGAAUAAUAUAUUUGCGAGACGGCACACCCUUGUAGCUAUUUAAAAAGAAACUUUAUGGCCAAUACAAGUACAUGAUUGCUCGUUAGAAUUACAUCUUCGGACUUUAGAGCUAAACCUACAUGACUUAAGAUGGCUUAUAUACGGUGUAGUGAUAAAACUUAAACUUCUUAUCGGGUUUUCCGUAGAGUUGAGACAGCCCAAAAUGCGUCCCUGAGUGAACUAGAGGGUUUUGAUGUUUAUGUACUGGCAUCAGCUAUCGCAGUGUAUCUUCGUGGCGCAAACAGGUAGGACAACUCACUAUCGUGUGAUAGUUACAUAGUGCUAUUUUGAAGGCGUUUGGCAUAUGUUUCCAACCAGGCUAUGGUUGCUUAAAAGAAAUGUGGCUCGUGCGGUAAUAAAGGUAAAGAGUCCUUACUUUAUGUCGGUAGCUCAAAAUAGUCAUUAUUUGACUAACAAACCCGAGGCCGACAGUGAGCUGAUUUUACCCCCUUCUCUCCAUCAGUGCUCCGUUUUACGGGUAUUGAAAGAUAUUUACCAAGCCACACGGAAAAGAAAGAAGUCGAAACAAGGAUUUGAGGUCACACCAGGGAAUGGCCGUGCACUAACCAACCGUGCCAAUCCUUGUCCCUGUUAUAGUCUUCUUCUGUUAAGUGGUCGUUCUUUACUAGUGUUUCAGUUUUGUAGGCCUCUCUGCCCAAGAUCUCCUGGAACCAGGCUCCGCAGUAGGGGAAAGGGGCGAAAAAAGAUUGAAGCGAAGCGAGCCGAGCGGUACACAAGGCGCACUUCGCUUGCAGAUUUUUGCUGUUUCACCCCGUUUUUUGCCUUCCCCUCCCCCACCACUAUUGAGCCUGGUCCCCGGCUAGGCCCAAGAAGGUGUUAGUUUUCUGUUGAGAGGACUACCAGAAAUACCCCUUAUCAACUCUCUCAUGCCGUUUAUUGGACUGGUGUUUAAAACUGGUCCAAAAGAACUUUGUUCGCAUGUUUUAACCUUUGAUGAUAAUUGUUUUAGUAGAGUCAUGAUGAACCUUAUUGUAGAGGAAAUGAAAGCGCCCACAGAGUUUACGAGAAAGGUGAGGCCAUCCUUCAAGGUCUAGUUACGUGGUGAUACAUUUGAUUAGCGGUUAACUGGCAAUAAAGUGCACCAUCAUUAGCAGUGUUAACGAAUUAAUAACCGGGUAAAACUGAUACAUUGCAGCUGGCUGGCUGUUUAUUCGACUGCAUCGUGGCAGAAUUCUCACAGAUGUUGCUUCAUGGAAACGAGGUUGGUAAUAAAGAGAUGCCUAAGAAUUCAGAAAGAAAAACAAGUCCCCACCCUCCCCACCCGGGUUUAUUAUAUUUUCUCAGGGAGGCUUAUGAUUGGACAUUUAUUCUGGUCAGCAAUUUGUUUUACGCAGAUGAUCAUUUUGAUUACCGUUAAAUACUGUGAAUUUCAUGAACUGCAACACUAUAAGGGUGCUGUUUACAGGGAGGGAGGAAGAUCCUAGAAGGUGGAUCAUCCUAGCGCCACAUGUUCUCUGUGAUCAGUUUACAUGCAAAGGGUUGUACUUGUCCCUAGUAGAAUCUUCCUACGGCUGAGUGGUAGGAAGUUCCUGGUCCAAGGAACAUCCUCGCACCAUGUAAACUGCCUUCGCUUGGAAGAUCCUAGUACUAGGGACAAACCAGAAAAAGAUGGUGGCGGGUCGUUUAGUGGGUAAUCAUGGCAAUAAACGCCGACCAUUUCGUUUGGCGUUACGACGAGCUGAUAAUCUUUAAUUCGUUCUGUACUUAUAACCAAAUGGACCGAAAUUUCUGUAUGUAAACCCAACGGAAAGUUGUGCCGCCUUUUAGGAUUUUCGUGGUGCUGGUGAUGAUCUUCCUUCCUCCUUCUAAACAGCCCCUAACAAACUAACGAGAGGAUCCACAACACAGAGAAACAUCCCAGAAAUACUCUACUUUAUUAUCCUUAUCGUAGUCUAUACUGAAGCUCAUAAGGCAGCUCAAAGUUUAUAGAAAUCUAACUUUACGUCCGGGCUUGUCUCUUACAGUUCUGAUAAAUUAUAAUAUGGUUUUUUAAGCAUUUUAUGCCAAUUCCCAAAUAUAGUCCCCAGAGGUGUCCCGUACGAGUCUUUUUUUUUGUUUCGAAUUUGGAAGGCUUACAAGCGAAAGGGCGCUAACAUGUAAACGUAAUCUUAUAACAAUUACGUACGUCAAUUUGGCGAUUCUGGUGGUAGCCUAACAAGUGAUGAUUUUUACAGAUAGAAGAGAAUGCUGUACUGAGGGACUUUGCCUGGGUAAGACUUAAUAAAUCCGGCUCCGGUUUACUUCAAACAUCAAAUGUUAAGAGGUUUAAGAGUGAUCAUCACCUUUUGUUUUUGUAGCAACUACUGAGAUGUUUUCCAAGAACAUUACUGGUGUUUAAGAUUGGUCAGUAAAAUGUUUGUUUUCAAUAUAUGGAGUGUUUUCACAUGACGUCACGGCAAUUGAAAACAAUGAAACGGUAUUUUGGUACCCUCCAAUCCUUUGUACAUGCCCUUUCUUUUGUUCCUUUUUAGAUUGGCUGGGCUUUAUUCGCAUAAAUUGAAAGACGUUUCUGUUUUUUACAGUUGUUUUUUUAUUGGCUGGGCAUGUUUCUGUUUUUUGUUGUUAGCAUCGCAUGUGGCACAGGCUACCCCUCCCACUGAAAUUAAGGGUGGUUUCUGUGACUAGAGACAACGUUUUUCCCUUUGCUCCAUACCCUUAAGUGGAUGCCCAUUGGAGAUAGUUCGUUAUGAGGAGGCAACGCAAGGUGAUGAAAUCUCCAAAGAUUACAUUCACUGGGUUGUAUUCCACAAAGUAGGAAUACAAUAUUUCGUUUUUUAUCUUGUCUUGUCUUUCCUUUUUUAGAUGAAAAUUGUGAAUUCAAGGACGACGUUAUGCGCCUCAGGUUUGUUAUUUACGCACAUCUGCGACUAUCGUUAAUUAUUAGCGUCCCUGGAGCGUUGCGUGAUGACCCUAACACCUGCGAAGGAGGCAAGCUGAGGCUGGGCGAGGUUGCUGCUACCCAUUUGCAAAUAGUUGUUUCUGGUCAAUACUCUUUUACUUUGUUAUUUGAAUUGUACUUUCUUUUAGGUCUUUAAUACUGAAAGAACACUUGAUCAAAUUGUACCCCGCUGUCUUCUUCAGGUUUGUUUUGGUUUGUUAUUAAAUGAUCCGCAAAAAGGUUUACUAUUAUGAUUGAAAUAUAGCGCAGCAAACGUUUUAACAGCCUUGGAACGCAGUUAUAUGCAGUCAGUUAUAUGUGAGCUGAGUUUUGAGUGUGUCACAGUGAAUUUCCUACGGAUGAAACCUCCUUGUAUUAAGACCCCUAUAAAACGAAACGGUGAAACAAAUGAAACUCUUGGUCCCAGUUAUUCUGUUUUAAAAUGAAUGAAACAGAACCAGUCCCUUGCCAAUGAAUAUGAGUAUCUUGUGAGGUGGCCGCUGGUCUGGUGACGAGAGCGCUGAAGAUGUUGGUUCGAGUGUUGCUAAGAAGUUUCAGUGUCACUCAACCCAGGUUUAUAUUGGAUAAUCUCAACAUAAUUCAAAGAUAACAUUCCAUAAUAGCUACUCUCGUAGGCUCGUAUUUCAGGUAUUUGCCUCCUUUGACACUACUGAAUGCGCCUGUACCAAGCGUUAACCAAUUAUAUUGCACUAUAGAAUACGGUAGAUUAACUUCACGUUGUUCAGCUUUUCUCAUUCCUAACUUAAUUGUCGCCAUCAUUUAAUAAGGGUUAAAAAUUUCCCUUCCAUUUGUAAGCGAUAAAAGUAAACAGUUACAGUCAUUUACUGUGAGUGUUUCAUUGUUGUAACUAUUUCUCUCUCUAUUCUUUUCAGUUUCUUUACCAACUUUUCCCGUGAGGCAUUAUGCGAGGUACAGUACAUUCAAAAGAUAUCUUCAUUACUCUUAGGCUGCGUUCGAUUGUGAAAUCUGGAUUUGGAUGUUGAAAUCCGGAUUUCGCAUUUAGCAGUCAAACGCGAAGUCCGAAAGUGGAUUUCAACUUCGAGAAAUCCGUAACCGAGGUGGAUUUCAUUUAAGAAAAGCGAAUCAGGAUUUCAUGGAUUUCCUUCUUUACAAAAAGGAUUUGCAAAAGUGUUCUCGUGAACAGUGCUUCUUUCUGCUAAUUAUGUAUGCGCGUGCGAGACCGCUGUUCUUGAGAACGGUUUUUCAAAUCCUUUUAUGGGUUUCCAAAAAAAAAAAGAAAAAGGAAAGAAAGGAAAUCUCCGAAAACGCUGACGUGGCAACCGCGGCAGUGUUAGCUCAGUCGGUAGAGCGUGUUGACUGUAGGGCGGGAGGUCGCGGGUUCGAUUCUUGGGGCCGGACCAAUACUCAGGGUCUUAAAAUAACAGAGAAAUGAAGGUACUCCCUUUGCGCUGCAACAGGCUAGACCUUCGCGUGGCUCGGAUGACCACGUAAAAUGGCGGUCCCGUCUCCAGUUGGAGACGUAAAAUAUAGUGUCCCCAAUUAGUACUUUCGUGCUAAAUACAUUGACACUCAAAUAAAAGUGCAUUUUUUUUUUUCAUAGCUUCACUAACCCCUCAAAUUGUAGAUGGUAAAAACCUAUUUAGUCUGCAGGUUUAAGCAGGACGCGUAGUUAAAUCGUGUGUUUGAACUACAAUGUCUUCUAAAGUUUGAUUUCCACUAACCGCAUUGUUACAACUGCUUCGUCUUAGAUGACGAAGAUGAGAGGCUUUCUUGAAGUGACCUUGAGCAUGUACAAUUCCUUUGUUUUCCUUCGGAAAGAGUGUCUGGAAGGAGUGGCAAAUAAGACGGCUGUAUGUUCAGUAAGUAAAUACACCACGUAGACAGGCACGGAAGACGCUGAUAGUAUGUAAAAUUCAUUCACUGAUAUGUUUUGUGCACGUCCUGCAUACAUGGAUGCGCGAUGCUCAAGGGCCGGGGCUUGUGUUCUUUCAAAUCGCCUUUAUUUAGCUUCUCUCAAUUUGUCGAACGUAGGUAAUUUUUCAGCGCUCUAUCUAACUUCAAAGUGAGAAAGGAAAUUUUUUCGCCGUGUUUUCACGUCCUCCAUAACUUCACAUCCAGACGUUUCACUUCGUAGUCGUGCAGUGGACGUCUAAAAAUUGUACAUAAAAUUGUGAUGCACGUGCAGAGCAGUUGUUUUGCUCAGAAAAUCAGUUGUUCAUGUUGUUGUUUUGACGUUCUUGCUGCCGUCUUCGUUCUGUUUGCUUGAGGUCAUGUUCAUACUACGCCGGACAACUUUUGCGCCGGCACGAAAACCUUAGCGGAUAGGGCUUCUGUUCACAGAUAAUAACGGUGAUUUGCCGUUGUUAGACCGUGCGUCUGAGUGGCUGCUGCUGCCAGCACCAACCAACUAUCACCAGGUUAGCAGAAGGUUUUCUCCAUGUUUCAAAUGUGACUUCUCAUUGUACUUAUACCGUAGGCUAUAGGUACAGUAAAGUGUUUUCUUGAAAACACGCGCGCGUCAAUAAGCGGGAAGACAUGCUUUACUUGCGCAGUAUACCAUCCACUCAAAAACUUUUCUUUUAUCAAAAGUCAAUUUUGAUUUUCAGUAAGCUGUGUGAAGUACAAAAUUCAAGUAAUCGGUAUAAAAACAUAGCGCAAAAAGUUCGCAAGUUUCACCAGUCGCCUAUUACUAUAACACUGUUAUGUUUGCUUGAUUGCUCAGCCUCUUCACUUGGACUUCUGUCGUCAAGUUUCCGUGUUUGUUCGUGACUGUGUUUUAUCUUCAUCAGGAGAACAACUCAGGAGCUUAACAAAGGUGGGUUUGAGGUUAAAUAGAAUCCCUACCACACUCGUCUUCGGUUAAUCCUAACUUCGCCGUUUUCCUGAAAUUAAGGCCAAUUCUGUUUGAUUUGCUUCAUUUUAGGGCAUUCAUCGCAGUCAAUUUAGUCGAUUCACUCAAGUUGCCGUCUCUUCUUGAUUGAUAUCUGAUAGUACGGCAGGAUCUCUCUGCGCAUUUUACAUGAAUAAUUAUAGUAAAAAUCAGCAUCAUAGUGACAAAGUUUAAAUUGUUGUUGUUAUUAUUAAUUGUUGCAGGAUGUUAUCAGCCCCUGUACCUCGGAACUGCGUCAGUUUUUACAAAGCCAGCUUUCAAAAGUUCAAGAAAGAUAG